AUGCGUUUGCGCCUCACAAUCCAGCGCAACGGCCUGCCCGCCGCCAACAUUCUUUGGAGCGUCCCAGACACCAACAGCACAACCGCGUAUACGGUCACCAGGCUGUUAGAAGACGUCAAUCUCAUCGUGCCGCUUGAGUCAGAGCACUGGGGCCUGGAGCAUUAUGUCGUUGAGGUGGGCGGGUUCGAGUGUUUGCAUUUCAUGCCUGUGGGGCAGUGCUUGAAGGAGGAUGAUCAUGUUUCUAUAAGACCUCUCAUGCGCGCCGAAGUCCGUGCCCGGACGCUCAUGGGUCGACACCAGAUCAGCGAUGGAGGGCAGCAUCUUGUUGAUGGCGUGCCAUUCGGGCGACCGCACCUGAGACAGCCGAAUCGUCCUGCGGUCAGGAUUCCGCCGAGGAAACGCCAGAGGCUGGAGGAGAUCACGGAUGAGGAGGAGGCGCGCUUGUUGGUGGAAACACAACAGGAAGAGGAGGCAGAGGAGAGUGAGGCGCUGGCCAACGGGAGUGCGCUGGCGGCAGCCGCACCGGGGCGCAAGUCGAGAGGAGCGGAGAAGACAGUGCACUUCAAGCAGCCAGAGGUGGAAAUGGACCUGGAUGAGGACAGCGAGGACGACGGAGAUGACGAUUUUGCGCCCGGUGAGGAGAGCGACGACGUGGGUGCCGACGGCUCCAAGGACAAGGACUCGGACUCGGACUCGGACUCGGACUCGAACUCAGAAACAGACUCGUCGAAUGCUUCAGACGCCUCAGAUUCGGACUCGGACUCGAGUUCGGACGACUCCUCGAGCGAUUCAGAUAGCGACAGCGACGCGGCGCCUGAAGUGCGGUCUUCGAAAGCACCAGUACCGAAGAAUGUUGUCCCACAACCACCGACCCUUCUAAACACAUCUCCGCCUGGCGAAGGCAAGAAAACCACACAGUCACGAAACGCGCGCCGAACGAAAACGAACCGCCUCAAACACCUCAAGGAAGCUGGCAAGCUACACAAAGACGCUGAUCUGAAAGCUCUUGAGAGAUACGAUGAGGAACAGAGGCUGCAGCAAAACGGUGCACAGCUGGAGCAACGGCAUCCUUUCGCGCAGCCAGCUGGGAAGAGGAAGCGCAUAGAAGAUGAAGAGCCUACACAACCCGCUAUAGAUGAGGCAGCAGAGCUGGAAAAGCGCAAGCAAGAGAUGAUCGCCAGAUUUGGUCAGGAUUCAGAUGUCACAAUGGAAGUGGAAGAGCCAGCCUCGAGCAGGACCGACAAAGCUACUUCGGCGUCACCGCAGCAGGAAUCGAAAGAGCCAGGCGCAACCCCAGAGAAAGCUCCAGAACGAAAACGAUUACGGCCCGAUGUCUCAGCUAUUGGCCGUAUGCUCGCUCGCCAGACCAAGAAUAUCUUACAAAAGCCUGUGAAGGCUAAGGAACCAACUCCAGAACCAGAAGGCUCGACAGAUCCGGAGUAUUGGAAGACCAGGAUCAAUCUCUCGGCGUUCGAAUGCUGGGAGGAACAGUACGAAUUGACCGCCCCGCCGUUCCCGUUCCAGCAGCAUUGGGAUCCCGUAAGCAAGGUCAUGCGUGACGCCGCGAAGAAAAAAAAGAGCAAAAAGGGUGGCAAGAAGCCAGUACCCGUGCAAGAGCCCGAAGAGGAGGAGGAGGAAGAGGAGAAGAUAUUCCUCAACUACGAUGAUACCCCGAACGACGAUAACCCAGAUGUUGAGAUUCACGCAGCCAUCGAGGACCAGCUUCAGCAAGACAUUGCAACAGCCUCGCAAGCACAGUCCGACCUACCACUCUUACCGGAUGACCUGAGCACAUUACCAGACUUGACCUCUGCCGACAUCAAGGAAGGAGCAAUCAUCGUCUGCAAGUUCUUUGGCGUCAACCCGAUCACCGUCACGCCUGAAAUCAGUGGUUUCAAGACUGCUGUCGUUGAGCGUGAAGGCGAUUCGGGCGCUGGCGCGGGCACGAUCAGGUUGAAGAUUGCUGAGCACGACUUGCCAAAGAGGCAGAAGAAGUUCAACAGUAAGGGAGAAAGAGUGUAUGACGCUAAGGACGGCUUCUUCAUGGAUGAGGGGGAAGACGAAAGGCUGUGGAGUGGUAUGUUUGGUGAGCUGUUGGAGGGAAAGCUACUUAAGGCUGCUUGA